CACCGCGACACAUGUAAAAGUUUCGGUAGGCUAUGUUUUAGUAAGUUUUAUGCUGGUUGGUUUAGCGCUUUGUUCUUUAAUUUCUACCGUGGGGAUGAAGCCAUUAUUGGAGGAGCAAGGAUUCUAGAGGCAUUUCAGGGAGGCACUGCCAUAGCCGUCACCACAGUGCAGAGGUCAUCGCAGAGGUCAGAGGAGGUAGAUGCCAGUGGCCCGGCCACACAAAAGUAGCUCAGAGGUCAAGGUGUCGUCUGCAGGCAGGUCAGCCCUGAAGGGGUUGUCUGGUGACAGGACGUACCCUGAAUUGCAGAAAUGAAGCACUUUUCCUGCUUGAUCACCUGGACUGAACUUUACCUCUGGUGGAUGGUGAUGGUGUAUAUUGCCGGGAACAGUGUGAAAGCGGGAGACCUGCAGGAGCCCUGUGAUGGAAGAGACUGCUCUGUGUGUCGGUGUUUCCCAGCGAAGGGAUCAAUGGGGGCCCCAGGAAGGCCAGCGCCACCGGGGCAACAGGGGCCCCAUGGGCUCCCCGGCCCUCCGGGGCCCCCAGGAGAAAAGGGCCAGCGCGGGGACGAGGGUUUCGCCGGGGCAUCCGGGAUGAAAGGGGACAUGGGGCGGAACGGUUUGCCUGGAUUUCCCGGAAUCGAUGGUGUGUCGGGUCAUCCUGGGCCAGGGGGACACCCAGGACUUCCUGGACUGGAUGGCUGUAACGGGACAAAAGGAGAGCCUGGUUUCCCUGGGCCUCAUGGGCAGGAUGGACCUCCAGGGAUAUACGGUUUUCCAGGGCGGAAAGGACCCAAGGGAGAGCCUGUCUUUAACUUCGUCUUCAUGUCUGGCUUUCCCGGUGAUCCUGGACCAGAAGGGCAUGCUGGCCAGCCUGGCCCCCCUGGCACUGUUGGCUCCAUGGGGAGAAUGGGAUCCAGAGGUUUUACUGGAAUUGAAGGCCAGCCAGGAGGUCCUGGAUCGAGAGGUGAACCUGGAGACAUGGGCCGGUCACUAGAAGGAGAGCUAGGAGAUGAUGGGGACCCAGGGCCCAAAGGCGAGCCAGGACCCGUGGAGUAUUACAUUCCCCCGGACGACAACAUCCUGCGAGGCGACCCGGGGGAGAAAGGCCCUCAGGGACAACGUGGUGCCAACGGUGUGGAUGGAUUAGACAUACCCCCAGGGCAGAAGGGAGAAAAGGGCAUUGUGGGAUUUCCUGGAGCAAGGGGCGUACCUGGAUAUAGUGGACCCCCUGGACUAACCGGAGAAAGGGGUCCAGAUGGGAAUUAUGGACUUCCAGGUCUGAUUGGCAACCCGGGACCCAAGGGCAGCAGAGGAGAGCCCGGAGUGAAAGGACAGCAAAUGACCGAACAACACUACCCAGGGAACAUUGGUGACCCUGGCCCCCCUGGGCCGCCAGGGGAACCCGGAUGCAGGGGGCCGAUGGGAAUGCAUGGGCCGCCAGGGCCACCGGGUGUGACCAUCAUGGGGCCCAAGGGCCGUCCAGGGGAUCGAGGCCCCGUCGGACCGACAGGGAUCAAAGGAGACCCUGGGAAAGCCUAUUUCAAUGGGCCGAUACCAGGAGAGCCUGGGAAACGGGGCCCCCCCGGGCCCAAAGGGGUCAUAGGGGAACCCGGGAGUCCAGGGUGUUACUGUGUGAAGGGAGCAGCGGGAGACCCUGGUGAAGAUGGGGACCAAGGCCCCCCUGGAGCUUUUGGGCCCAAAGGCCCACGAGGUGACCCCGGGGAGUGUGGAUGUCCCACGAAUAUAAUAGGGAGUCCUGGUGUUAUGGGUCCACGGGGGCCACAAGGUUACACAGGUCCCUCUGGAAGAAAUGGGGAGAAGGGCAAUAUAGGCGAGCAUGGGGACCCUGGAGAAAGGGGGGCAGAAGGCUACCCAGGUUUCAGAGGCGUUCAAGGUGAAAAGGGUCAGAAAGGUGACAGCUACAUCGCUGACAUUAAAGGUCCGAAGGGUGAGAAAGGCCCCACUGGCCCCCCUGGCCUUUUGGGAUUUCCUGGCAGACCUGGGGACGACGGGAGAAGUGGUCUAAUUGGGGAGCCUGGCCCUCCGGGCGAAGGUUUCCUAGGAUUUCCUGGCGACAGAGGGCCUUCAGGUAGGAAUGGGGAAAGGGGAUCCCCUGGUCCAAUGGGCCCCCGUGGCAUGGGUAUCAUGGGCCCCGUGGGCAAGCGAGGACCGCCCGGAAAUGAGGGCCCCCAAGGGCUACCAGGACCCCCAGGAGUCAAAGGUGUCAAAGGUGACACACAGCACUGCAUGCCCAACCUUGGUCCUCCUGGCCUAAAGGGUGCGCCCGGUCUCCCAGGGCAUAAAGGAGCAGAAGGAAGUGAGGGACUCCGUGGGUAUCCUGGACUGGAUGGGCCCAAGGGUGAGAGAGGAGACCCUGGGCCUUGUUGUCAGAGCGGACCAAGAGGACCGCAGGGAGCUGUAGGAUAUGCGGGGGACCCAGGCUCUGAUGGGCUAAGCUAUGAUGGCUUCCCUGGUGUGCAAGGCGACCCUGGCCCCCCAGGAUUCCAGGGCCUGCCAGGAGACUCCCUAGGUGGCGCACCCGGGCCGAUGGGGCCCAGGGGAACACACGGCCUUUCUGGUCCCAAGGGAGUUCCAGGGCCUCCAGGUCCACCUGGAGAGUCAGGUGGCCAAGGGCCCUCAGGCUUUCCUGGUAGAAAGGGGCCGCAGGGGGACCCGGGGGAGGAGGGGGAAUCAGGCCCCGAAGGCCCAACACCUCUAUGUGACACGGGGGCCCCAGGAGAUCCCGGCCAUAUUGGGCCAAAUGGUGCCACAGGGUCUCAAGGUUCUCAGGGCGAUCGAGGUGAACUGGGAGAUGCAGGCCUUCUUGGGCAUGGUAGGAAGGGACGUCCUGGCAGAGCAGGCCAUCCAGGACCCCCGGGGUGUGCCGGGUCGCAGGGCCCCCCAGGACCGCCGGGGGACCCUGGCCUCCUGGGUACACCUGGACCCAAGGGUAUUCGUGGAGUCCCUGGCGGAGAUGGGCUGUCUGGUGGCCUCGGACAGACAGGGCCACCUGGAUCUGACGGACAAAAAGGGGAGACCGGGUUUGAUGGGCUUAGAGGACGUCCUGGGGAUGAUGGACCCAAAGGAGAAAAGGGCCGCAGAGGGGAGCGAGGCUCUCCUGGAAACCAGACGAUCACCAUCAUUAAGGGCUAUAGGGGUGGCCCUGGAGCUGCUGGCCCCCCUGGCUUCCCUGGAAGAAGAGGUGGUAAGGGACAGCCUGGAGCUGAUGGUCCCCCUGGGCACCCAGGCUGGAAUGGCCCACCUGGUUUUGAGAUGGGCCCACGAGGACCACCUGGGAAGGCUGGACAAAAUGGCAGCCCUGGCUUACGUGGGCCCCCUGGUUGUAAGGGAGCCAUGGGCUUCCCUGGCGACAAUGGUGACCAGGGUUAUGCUGGGGCCAGUGGACCCCCUGGUAAGACAGGCAAUCCAGGAGCCAAUGGCAUUAAAGGAGAAAGAGGAGACUCCUUCGAUGCUCCAGGUCCACCUGGAGAGAGAGGUCCACCUGGCGAUAAUGGACUCAGUGCUCCUACAGGAGAACCAGGCGACAAUGGUGACCAAGGCAGCCCUGGUCCCCCAGGAUACAGGGGCCAACCUGGUGCCACAGGAAACACAGGCCAAACAGGGCCCCCAGGUGCUCUUGGGCCUCCUGGGCCACGUGGAACACCGGGGGCUGAAGGACCGACUGGACCACUGGGACGUCCAGGGCUCAAAGGACACCAGGGAUAUGACGGACCCAGAGGCCCUCCUGGACCCCCUGGGUUACACGGUUUAGAUGGUCUGAAGGGGGUGAAAGGAGAGAGCGGGGCCAGAGGACCAAGUGUACCAGGGCCCCAAGGAACUGAAGGCUGCCAAGGGGAAACUGGCCCUCGUGGGGCCCCAGGCCCUCCUGGGCCCUCCCAAUCGGGCCCACAGGGUUACCCGGGUCAGAUGGGGUGUACUGGUGGCCCUGGACCAGACGGACCCAUUGGUCCCAAUGGCAAAGCCUGUCCAGAUCCCAGACCAGGGCCUUACGGAGAGAUGGGCUUCCCUGGACCAGAUGGUCCACCAGGGCCACUGGGUGAAACUGGGGCCCCUGGUCCAUCAAUGGUGUGCCGAGGGGACCCGGGGGAGAAUGGUGGACCAGGAGGCAAAGGAGCCAAAGGGCCGGAAGGCCCUAAAGGCUCCCCAGGACAUCCUGGGUUGCCAGGACUGCCAGGCCAUAAGGGUGAGAGAGGAUCUCCUGGGCUAAUGGGCUAUCCAGGAGCCUCUGGCCUCCCUGGCUUACGUGGGGGUGACGGGUGCAAGGGAGACAAAGGGAUGCGAGGACCACCAGGCUGUAAGGGUUCUAAAGGCCACAUCGUGACCCCACCGGACAGACCCACAUUAGGGAGACCAGGGACCCCUGGUCCACCUGGGCCUCCCGGUAUUACUGGCAAUCCUGGCCCCCCUGGGAGAGAAGGGCAUAUAGGACUAAAGGGCCUGGUAGGAUGGCCUGGGGAGCCAGGACCAGAGGGCUUUCCAGGACCCCCUGGACCCACAGGAGAUGAAGGUGUGCUUGGACCACAAGGAGGCCUAGGCGCACAAGGUCACCCUGGGCCUAUGGGAGACCCUGGAGAUCCAGGCCCAAGACAGGACUAUAGCUCGGCCUUCGUUUUGGUGAUACACAGUCAGUCAGCGGCCAUCCCCGAAUGUCCGCCGCACACCAGCAGUCUGUGGAGUGGCUACAGCCUGCUGUACUUGGAGGGGCAGGAGAAAGCACACACACAGGACCUGGGUAAAGCCGGGUCGUGUCUGAAAGUCUUCAGCACUAUGCCUUUCGCCUCCUGCACCAUGGCCUCGUGUGACUAUGCCAGUAGGAAUGACAAGUCGUACUGGCUGUCGACCACGGCGCCUGUGGAGGCGGAGCCUGUGUCAGGGCCGCUGAUCGAGGGGCACGUCAGCCGCUGCGUGGUGUGUGAGGCUCCCUCCGCCCCCGUGGCCGUGCACAGCCAGGACACCAACGUCCCACAAUGCCCCCCAAACUGGAGGAGCCUGUGGGUGGGCUACUCCUUCCUCAUGCACACGGGCUCCGGCGACGAGGGCGGUGGGCAGCCGCUGACGUCCUCGGGGAGCUGCCUGAAGGACUUCCGCAGACAGCCCUUCAUCGAGUGCCAGGGCCCGCGCGGCUCCUGCCACUACUUCGCCAGCGCCUACAGCUUCUGGCUGACGCGCGUGCGCGAGGCCGAGCAGUUCAGCCCCAUCGCGCCCGUGCUCACGCUGAAGGAGGAGUGGGAGCAGCGCCAGCGCACCAGCCGCUGCAGCGUCUGCAUGAAGUGAGUGACGCCUCCACCGCCGGGCCGGCCCGCCCCCCAGGCCCACUCCCGCCCACAUUCCUGUGAGAACUGCACUGAAAAUGCACACUGAGUGAUUACCUGAGAGGCUGGGAGCACACCGAUUGGUUAGCCGAGAGGCUGUGAGCACACCGAUUGGUUAACUUCAGAGGCCGUGAGUACUGGUUAACCGAGAGGCUGUGGGCACACCGAUUGGUUAUCUAAGAGGCGGUGAACACAUCAUUUGGUUAACCGAGAGGCUGUGAACACACUGGUAUUUACCUUCCUUUAUAAUGUGUUGUAUCUGAUUUCAUUCAAUGAACUUACUUGACAAGGUAUACAAAAUUAGUGAAAAAAAAACAGUAAUAGUAGUCUAAUAGUGUUGCAUACAGCUAUGCAUAUUUCCAUUGGCCAGGAGCUCCACAGUCAGUAAGGCAAGCUUCCGCUGGCCCAAUGAGGCCCGGUGGAGGCUGCUGGGAUACAGGGCUGCACUCCAUACUGCUUCCUCACCCCUACACCCCACUGCAGGUGAUAACGUCACAUGAUGUUAUUGAGCGGCCAGGAGAGUGGUCAACACCUUCUCCCUGAGCACACUGCAGCAAAACAAUGGCAUAGAUUAUCUGACUUUAAAACACUUUAAAAUGCAACAAAACGAUCAAAUAUCUCACAAGGGCGUUUUAGGUGAUCUAUAUGAGAGCACAAUUACACUCAAAUAUUACAAUUUUAACUGUUUACCAUUCAUACAAUAUAGACAAUUCAUAACCACAAGAACUUUGUAAGACUUCUUUCUGUGUUGUCUUAGAGAUAUUUUCACUAAGUAGUACUGCAUGCGCAGGUGAAACUGAGAAACCCCUUCCUGAGGAUGAACACCGCUUCAGACAUGCAGUCAAACUGGGCAAACCUUUGCCACCUUACUGUAACUCAGGGGUCCUUCUCAUGGUCAUCUUGUCAUUUGCUCAUCUGAUUCCAACGGCCGAGUGGGUCGAAGGAACAGCUUGUAAUGCAGCCCAUCUCUCAAGGGCACAACCAAAUGCUGUCCGAAUCCGUGCGCUCCACUGUAUGUGCUCACCUGUGUGUUUUCAUCUGUAGCCUCCCAUAUUGAUUGCCAGGAAUCAUCUCUGUUUUGGUUGUUGCAUUGAGUCCUGGUACUUAUUGGCACAUACUCUAAUUCAGUAUGUUGUAUAUGAUAUGUGACUUCAUUUGUUUCGCUUUCAGUCAUACUACAGGGAUCGCCUUGCUUACUUGCACACACACACCUUUGUGUUCAACUGCAAACAGUAUUUUUUAAAAACAUGAAUCAUCUUAUUUUUCUGAUUUGUAAUCCUCCAUCACGUGUAUGAGGGGCACAGUCUGACGUUCGCCUGGUUCAGGUGAAGUCCACCAUUAGUGACAUUAGUCACCCCCACAAUCCCCCAAAGUGAUUUUGAGGCCACCCUAUCUCUUCACAACUCUAAUUUCACUCACAUUCAAAAAGCUAACUUGCAAAUAAAGAAAACUAACACAAUACAGUAUUAAUUACAAGUUAUAUUCACACAUAUGACAGUUUAUAUGUCUUAAACGGCAAACUUUUACAUCCUUUUCCUCAAUGUUUUUGAACUUUGCAUUAUUUUCUAUUGUAUGUACAUAUGUUUGCACUGUUGCAAAGACCAGGAUUUCUUUAUAUUUUUACUGUAAAUGACAAGAGUAUUUAUUUAGGUAUAGAUCAUUUUGGUGCUAUUUGAAAUGGUGAACGUGCUUUCUCCAAAGAGGAGGGUAUCAUGUAUGAUGUCUCCAGGUUGCUGGAAAGUUUCAGGUUUUCUGGCCAUUAUGUGGAAAGACAAAGCAGACUACUAGGGUGAGGAUGGGAGUUUAGUUUGUGAUGGCCCUUCAACAUCCAGGGUAGCACUAGGGUCACCAACACCAUGGCUUGUUAUUGAACACACAUAAAUACAGUACCAGCUUUAAAAUGGCUGGCAUUAAAACCCUUCUAGUACUGGAUUUUAAAAAAAAAACAUUUCACCAGUUUACUUCAAAGCCUUGGCUGAUUAAACACUGAAUUUAUAUGUUAAGCCAUCCAAUAAUGUACAUGGUUGUGUUCAACAGGUUCAUCACUACAGCAACCACAUUUUGCUUUAUUAUGCAAUGACCUACAUCAAACUGUAGUCAUAUUAACUCCUGAGUAGCAUGUGUCAGUGAGUUGGAGAAAGUGAGCUGCCAUUUUUAAAUUAACUUCGAACACCACUAUGUUCUGGACUCGAUUAUUUGUACAAGCAGUCAAGAAUACUUUCAGUGGUUACUGAAACUGAGUAUUUUACACAACCUACUAGUUUGACCUUUGGCAUGUCCAUAUAGUGACGGUUGCUUGUUCAUAACAGAGCUGCCACUGUUAUUUGCAAAAUCAGUGCAUUCAUAAUUAGCAUUUAACCAGACGGCUUGUUGUCCCUGAGGACAACCGUAAUUGAGUGGUCAUUGAUAAACAGAAGAUAAACCAGACAUGACAUCAUGUGCAGUAUUGUCAGCCCACAGCACAGACUGCCACUUAUUGUGUAUUGUGGCCCCCUUUGGACCUUAUGUUGUCUUAGCCAAAGUGAAAUCCCUGGGAAUUGUAGUCCAGUUAUACCAACACCACAGGUCUCAGAAUAUUUGGCAGAGGACAGAUAGUGAAGGUAAUGCUGAGGAAAUAUGAAUGUGGUUCAAAUGCAGUAGCUGCCUGCGUACUUCACCUUUCAAUACAUUCUAUCUUAAGAGGAGGAUUUUAAAAUCUUAUCAAAGGGUUUAUGGAUCUUCAAAUAAACAUUUGUAAGCUGCA